AUGAAGAGAUUCGCAGUAAGAAAACGAGGUCCCAGCCAGAAAGGGCUUCUGUCUUUCGAAACAGCUAUCAGUUCUCUACCCGAGAAGCAAGUGGAGGAAGCGAAAACUGUAGGUGCGACUCGACUAGCGGUUGAAACGAACCCUCGUGCACCAAAAGACGUGACGGAGCCUUUAGAGGGUACCGAAGGUGUUUGGCGAGGCACUGCAGCAGCAGAGGAUGCCGGUACUUCCACUGGCAAAGGGGGGCAAAGCGUGGUCACGAGAUUGUACGAAGAAAGGGCUCCCUCUACGACAAAACCUGCGAGUCCUGGAUAA